AUGGAGCCCGUCGGCGCCUGGAGCCCCGCGCAGGCGGCUGCCUGGCUCCGAGGCCUGGACGCGGCGGUGCAGGGGUACCCCUUCGAGGCGUGGGGGCUGCGCGGCGCCCAGGUGCUGCGGCUGUCGGCGGGCGCGCUGGAGGCGCUGGGCGUGCGGCGCGUGGGCCACCAGGAGCUGCUGCUGGAGGCCGUGGAGCAGCUGCGGGCGCUGGACGAGGAGCCGGCGAGCACGAGCCUGCGGGCGCUGGCGGGGACGCUGCGGGCGCUGGCGCGCCGGGCGCAGGCCCUGGCGCUGGGUGAGCGCCGCGCCGGGGCCGAGCCGCGGCCGCCCUCCCUCGAGCUGCUGGCCUGUGUCGUCGACCUCGUCGGGGCCGCCAAGGAGCUCUUCUCCUGGCUCAACAGGUACCUCUUCUCCACCCUGAACGACUACUCGGCCAGCCGCGACAUCGUCCACCUCUGCGCCGAGCUGGUGGAGGCUCUGCAGGGGUGCCAGCACAUCGUGGGCAUCUGCGAGGGCAUCGUGGGCUGCAGCCCCGCGGCGCUGCUGGACUGCACGGCCGUGCUGCAGCGCGUGGAGCUGGCGCCAGCUCUGCCCCCCGCCGCCGCGCUGGACCUGGAGAUCAUGUCCACCAGCUCCGGCCAGCACUUUGUAUCCGGGACGGCCUCAGAGGCGCUGCCCGAGCGCGGCUCCCCCGUCCUGCCCGGAGACGAGAUCGUGCAGGUCAACGAGCAGGUCGUGGUGGGCUGGACACGUGCCAAUCUGGAGAAGAAGCUGCUGGAGAAGCCGAGCGGGGCCACGCUGGUGCUGAAGAAGAUCCCCCUCAGCCUCCCCGGCUCCCCCCAGGCUGCCAGGCAGCCGGUGAGCGAUCCCAGCGCUCCCAGUACAGCCCCAGUGCCGGACUGGGUGGUGCUGGGAGAAUGGAAAGGCGUUCGCAGAGCCGGCGCCUGCUGCCGGCGCUUCUGUCCGAGGCAAAAGGCCCGACCCCGGCUGGAGGCGCCGGACGGUGCCUUGAUUUCCCCAGGGGGGCAAAAAAGCAGAGGGGCUGGUUUAGCCGGUGCCUCGCCGCUGCUCCGCGCCGCUGCUCUCCCUCCUCCCCUGCUUUUCCGGGGAGGGAGAAACGCCCGUGCCCGAGCGACCUGCGAGCCGGGCCAGCGGCGCGUGACCUGGCGCCGGCACCUCCGCGGCCGCCGGACCGGCCCCGACAGGAGGGGAUUUUUACCCCGAGGGAUCCCUGUUCCCUACAGCACGGCUGCCGACUGGGAAUUGGGGCCUGACUUGGCACUGGACCCCACCACCGACGACGAGGAGGAGGAGGAGCGAGACUGCAGCCUGCCCGGCCAGGACGUCGGGGACCUGGGAGCGCUCGGAGACGGUGCCUCGGAGGACGCGGCGGCGGGGAGAAGCGCGCCGCCGGCCAGCCCGCGCUCGCCGGGCGCCCUCGCUGCCGCCAGCCCCGUGGAGCUCGGCCCCCCGGGAGCCGCCGGGAGCGGGGCUGGCAGUCGGGGCGCCCAGCCCAGCCAGCUCCCCGGUGAGGGCAGCCCCAAAACGUGCUGCAGAACCAAAGGAGUGGCGACCAGGCUGAGCCGCCGGCGGGUCUCGUGCCGGGACCUGGGCCGGGUGGACUGCGAUGGCUGGCUCCUGAAGAAGAAGGACCACGUGGGCUUCAUGGCCCAGAAGUGGAAGCGUUGCUGGUUCGUGCUGAAAGGCCACACGCUCUACUGGUACAACCACCCCAACGAUGAGAAGGCUGCGGGUCUCAUCAACAUGGCCACUUACGAUCUGGAAAGCACGCGGGAGCAGAAGAAGAAAUAUGUUUUCCAGCUCUCCCAUGAGAAGUACAAGCCCUUCAUCUUCGCUGCAGAAACACUCGCUGAUUUGAGCAUGUGGGUCAGUCAUCUGAUAACGGCCAAAACGAAGUACACGCUGGCCCACCAGUCUGUCCCACAGAAGGAGGAAGACUGCUACAGCGAGACGGAAGCUGAGGACCCGGAUGAUGACUCUCCCAGGCACGGCUGCGAUUCUCCAAAGAGAAAGCUGCAAAAUGCCCCAGAGAAAGCCCAGCUCUUCCUAGCCAGUGGUGAACCCAGCAGUGCAGCCAGCAGCCCCCAGGGCAGCCCCCGGCCCUGCUCACCCAUGGACUCCUCCGGGGAGGAUCUCGAGAGCCUGAUGCAGGGCCUGAAGCAGGGCGGGGUGUCCCUCAUCGGGAGGCAGCGGUUCCUGACGGAGGAGCAGUACCGCAAAUCCUUCAUCAAGCGCAACAAGAACCCCCUCAUCAACGAGAAGGUGCACCUGGUGCGGGCCCUGCAGAGCACACUCAAGGCAAAGCUCACAGAGCUGCAGGUCCUGGAGCAGCUGCUCAGCGAUGCUGCGCUCACCUCAGAGAAGUUCACAAGCUGGAAGGAAGAGCACCAGGACCUGUACCAGGAGCUGCGGGAGUGGUGGGUGCGUCAGCAGGGCCAGGACCUCGACGGGGGGCUUGGGGCCGAGCCCAGCCCGCUGCAAGAAGCAGCCGAACCGUGACAUCUCACCAAGGCCUGCCACUCCUUCCUGGCUGGACAUCUCCAGCACACAUCUCUCCCAUGAAAAAACACCGUGCUGCAGGAGCAAAGAGGAUGCUCUGCCUGUCCCAGCUGGUCCCAUGGCAUGGGAUAGUUGUGCAGCAGGAGGGGUUUGUGUCAUUUUUGAAGGCAGAGACUUGAGUAUGGACUUUUGUGUGAGAAAUGGCUUCUGCUACCUCUCCACUCGUUGAAACAAGACAUUGCUGUGACAGCAUGGAGUCUUGCUUUCUUCAAGGACAUUUUGUCUUGGAUCCACACUGGCAACAAGGGCCUUUUCCUGGAGGAACAUGGCCCUCACGCCCCUGACUCGUCUGCCAGCAUGGUGCCUGCAGUUGGCCAGGCCUGGGUCCCUUCUGCUGUAAAUAAAACUAUGUCGAUGA